GGAAAUACAAACCGUUCCAGAGUUACUGAGACGCAACACAGUUACCUUAGACUCCAGGGGAACGAACGACAAGGUUUUUCGUAAACAUAGAAAAAGCUUAUAUUGCAAACUUGUUGUUAACAGCGACACUGUAGAGCAAAGUCCAGAGGUUCUGGAAUAUAAGCAAGUAUUACAACCAUGAGCAAACAACCAGACAGAUUUUAUCCUCUAGCCGUUGCAGCCACAGCCUUAACAGUAUACAGCACCUCCCUUGGGGGUAACCUCGUGUUUGACGACGUGGCCGCCAUUCAGGAGAACCGCGAUGUGAGACCUUCUAGUUCAUUGCUUAAUCUUUUCCUUAAUGAUUUCUGGGGAACUCCAUUGCAGAAGGAACAAAGCCACAAGUCAUACCGUCCAUUCACUGUCUUCACAUUCCGACUCAAUUAUGCCGUCCAUGGCCUACAGCCUUUGGGUUAUCACAUGAUCAAUGUUCUGCUUCAUGCCUUAGUAUGCGUCUUGUAUUACAGAUUGUGCCUCCUCUUCUUGCCUCGUGUUGUCAGCUUUGUCGCCGCCAUUUUGUUUUCCGUCCAUCCGAUUCACACAGAAGCAGUCGCCGGUGUGGUUGGAAGAGCCGAACUUCUCUCAGCUGUGUUCUUCCUGAGUGCCUUGUCUCAAUACGUACGGCUUAUACAGCGUAAUGAACACGUGGGUUGGCGCUGCUGUAUAGAAACCGCAGCCCUUGCAGUGUGUGGAACGCUAUGUAAAGAACAGUGUUUGACUGUUUUGGUGGUCUGUGCUGUCUAUGGCCUACUCUCGAUGAAGGUUGCCAAUCUCACACAUCUUCGGCAGUGUGUUUCUGCAGACCGUAGACUGAUAUCAUUAUGGAUACGGAAAUCGGUUGCCAGAAUAGGACUUCUUGGGUUGACAGCACUUUUAAUGAUAGGGAUACGGUUUAAUCUGAUGGGUCCUCAUUUACCGCUGUUCAACAGGUUUGACAACCCGGCUUCUGUUUCUCCAUUCCCAACUCGACAGCUAACAUUCAGCUAUCUGGUGUCUGUAAAUGCCUGGCUUCUACUUUUUCCUUGUGAUCUUUGCUGUGAUUGGACCAUGGGUACUAUCACAUUAAUAACAUCAGUAGGAGAUCCAAGGAACAUUUCCACUUUGUGCUUAUGUGUCGUCUUGGUUGUUUUGUUGCGUAGCUCUUGGCUUUCAGAAGAUAGCCAGAGAGUUCCAUUACUUAUGGCUCUGUUUUUGUCUACUGUUACAUUUUUGCCAGCUUCUAACCUGUUGUUCUACGUUGGAUUUGUUAUUGCCGAGCGUGUCCUGUAUCUUCCUAGCAUGGGAUUCUGCAUGCUUGUCGCCAUUGGAUGGGCCCAUUUAUGGCAGGAUAGACGUCUGAGGGGCCUGGCUGUGGUCGGUGUCGUUCUGUUGGUGAUUGCCCAUGGAACAAAGACUGCAGUUAGAAACAGAGAAUGGGCUUCUGAUGAAACUCUGUUUUCUUCCGGUCUCCGAGUAAACCAGAAAAAUGCCAAACUUUACAACAACUUGGGAAAAGUUUUAGAGAAGCAAGCUCAAUACGAGGAGGCCUUACAAUAUUUCCAACAAGCAAUUAGAAUUCAACCAGAUGACAUACGAGGUUAUCUAAACUCUGGCUGGCUUUUCACACUCAUGAAGAAAUAUCAAGAAGCCGAGUUGGUGUACCUCAAGGCCAAAUCACUCCUUCCUCGAUCCAGUCGUGUCAAGUCCUCAGAAGCUCGUGUUACUCAAACACACCUACAGCUGUUCCUCAAUCUUGCGUCGCUGAUCUCACGCAAUCACACAAGGCUAGAAGAGGCAGAUGCGCUGUAUCAAGAAGCUAUCAAACUGAGGUCAGAUUACACGGGAGCUUAUCUAAAUCGAGGAGAUUUUUUAAUGAAAAUUAAUAGAACAAAAGAAGCAGAGGCUAUGUACGAACAGGCACUACAGUUUGACACCCACAACCCGGAUCUUUAUCACAAUCUCGGAGUGUUGUUAAUGGAUCAGAACAAAAACCAAGAGGCCUUGACCAUGUUUAACAGAGCGUUAGAAAUCGACCCGGAUCACGAACAAGCUUUAGUAAGUUCUGCUAUUUUAAUUCAAGAGUCCGACAUGGCCCUUCAUCAUAAGCAGCUGGCCAGUGAGAGACUCCAGAAAAUAGUGGAUGGAGGUAAACAGAAUGAAUUGAUUUACUUCAACUUGGGCAUGUUAGCUCUAGAGAACAAGGAUAUUCAUGGUGCCGAACAAUGGUUGAACAAAGCUCUACAGGUACGCCCAAACCUCCGAAGUGCUCUGUUCAAUUUGGCACUUCUUCUUUCAGAAGACGGCAGGCCGUUAGAAGCAUUUGUCUACAUUAAAAGGCUUCUACAGAUCCAACCAGACCAUGUGAAAGGAUUAAUUUUAAUGGGAGACAUUUACGCUGGACACUUUGAAGAUCUUGGAGCAGCCGAAGAGUGCUACAAGAAAAUUCUCCAAUCAGACCCUGCCAAUAUUCAGGGUUUGCAUAAUCUUUGUGUAGUGUACUACCGGCGUCAGCAACUGGUUGAGGCCGAGGCUUGUUUCCAGCAGGCUCAUUUAAAAAGUCCAGACACGGAAUACAUCCGCCAGCAUCUAGAGAUAACCAGGUACCAGCUCCAGCAGUUGGCAGCACGAGUCGAGAAAAAAUAUCCUUUAAAAAACAUGAACGUAGCACGUGAUCCAGCUUUGCUUCAACAAAUAUCUCCAACGAUAAGGUGAUAACACGUUCAGCAGUCUGACUGUCCACACAAACAUCGGCAUAGGUAGUUAAAACCCUACCACCUGUACAUUACUAUUAACUUUAUUUGUUCCAAAAUGAAGAUGGACACAUCUUUAUGUCCUCUUCUUAUGUUUCUCCUCGGGACUGGUAAUACAAACGUCAUUAGGCUUAAAGGAAACAAGCUAUCAUUGCAACCAAAGUAAUGGGGCAGAAAAUAACUGAAAAUACAAUGUGCCAAUAUUUUGCGAUCAAAUCAGGUCUGUGAGUAUUAUCUAUAAUCUUUUUCCAGCAGUUAGUGAUUUUUACUUUGUAUGUAGAUGGCGGAAAAUUGAGUCUAACUAUGUUUCCAUAGUAACGACUGAAUGCUGUGAUACCCUCUUUUUCGCGAUAAACAUGUUUUCUUUU